AUGGCGCAGGUUACCAAGGCGCUGGUCUGCGCGCUCGCCUGCGCGGGCGCCUGCCUGCUGCUCCGCCAGGCCGCCUUCGCGGCCCCUGGCGGCGCGGCCGCCGCCACCUCCGCCCCGCGGGCGCUGCGCGGCGCAGGGGCGGCGGCGCCGCCCGAGGCGGCUGGGGCUGGCUCCUCCGCGUCCCCGCUGAGCCUCGGCCUUGCCGUGGGCCUCGCUGCCGGCCUGGCGGCGGUGGCGCGCCGCAGCGCGUACCACGGCUGGGGCAAGUACGAGGUGGCUCCAGUCGGCUCGUGCGUGUCUCAAUUCGGUACCCAAGCCUGA